CUCGAGGCUACCUUUUGCCAAUCUCUUGUCUUCCCGUCAAAAGGCAACGGUAUCCUCCUCGGGCUUGGCCAUCGAUGAGCGAGGAAGGAUGGCCGCCGCCGCCCCAGAGGAGAGUGGGACAGCAGCGAGCCCAGCCUCUGUUCCUAGAAGCUACCGAUGAGCUCCGAAGACAGUGCUCAGCGCUUGCCAUGGGUCAGAUGGUCCACCCUAUGACCUUUACGCUCAUGGACUCGAUGACCUGCAUAUCGAUCUCGGAUCCAAGGAUGGACUCGGGCAUAUACCCCACGCCUCAACACCUCAUACCCGAGUCAGACAGAAUCCCCCGCGAUGACCUGCCAAGGUUCGAUCCUCAGAGGCCUCUCACAGUGGCAGAUUUGGUGUGGAUCAUGGAUCGUCUCACGGCUUGCGAGGUCGCCUUUCACGAUUCUGCCCCUCUAUCUCAGACUCUCUUCACCUGCUUACUGUACCACUCCGUCGAAGAAAUGGGAGGACUGAGCGGCACAAGCACUUUGACGUCAGUAGAAGAGCCGCAUGAGGCCUUCACCAGGUUCGUUCUGCGGGCCUACCUCGUAGCGACUAUCAAAUGCUUCGGACUUGCCUGGCAGGAGCUGAUCAAGGGCAACAUCAUCGACGGAGAAGACGCCAUCACCGACACUUGCAACCUCUCACUGCUCGACGACUUUCCCGUUGAAAGGGCUAUAGAUGAGCUAGAGGCGGUCAUUGCAUGGGUCCAACAUAUCAGGAUGCGUCUUCCGAGAGAACAGCGACCUGGAAUGGAAGGGCUCCUCCGCAGGCUCAACAUCAGAGGUGACAUUCUCACUGCCCUGACCGUAUUUUCUGCUGCUUUGAGCUCUGACAAGGGCAGUCUCGGAGCAGAUCCAACUGGCAAGAGCUUUUCAUCGAUCUAUACCCGCCUGCGCCAUCUCGGUAUUCAGGUCUCAGAGCAGAUUGGCAAGCUGACUCUGUGUGAUGUCGAUCUCAAAAGUGCUCCUUCCUUGGAAGCAGCCUCCGUCUUCGAUCCCUCGUACUCUCGCCGGCUUCAAAAUGCGGGUGGCAUACCGCCACGGCCUGUAGAACUACCAUCGAAAGAAGCUGUCGUCAAGUUCUGGCAGUCGAAAACGACCGGAUGGUCUCAGGCCGCCGGCAUAUACCGCAUGAUGGUCAUGGGUACCGGUAACAAGUGGGAAGAGCUGACUGCCUUUACGGGAGUCAUGGGCACACUAGCUCUGGAGCAGCCGUCUUCUGCACACUUCCGGUCUCUCCUUCAGUCAUGCCUCUGUCCACCGCCGAAGCCGCAGCCCGAGCUGCUCGCGGACUUCUGGAGCGCCUUCACUGGCAAGCCUCCCUACAUUUUCACUCGAGCCCUGCUCGGUCUCGAGCAUCUCCUCGCCCAACCAAUCUCCGGGAGAGGUGGCUCUGAUUUUUCCUCGUCGUCCGAUCCGAUUGUAGACGCGCAAUCCGUCGAAUGGUGGCUGCAAAAGGGAGAGGGUCUGCUAGCCAACUUCCUACUCAACUGUAUGACCAACCACUCGCGGGCGAGGCGUAUGAUUGGCAAAAGCUACGUAGAGUGGAGGCAGUGGUCCUCUGGCGGCGCAACAAUUCGAGACCAGCUCGCCACAGGCGCAAUAGGUGACAGUCCGCGGGCCGAAGAGGUCUGGACAGUCUUCAGUGGACUUGUCAAAGCCAUAGAGGAGCAGACGAUGGAGAUGGCUUGCUGGCUCACCAUGUCCGGUUUCGAUCUUGAGCUCUACGCACCAGAGGAGCGUCCGAUUGCCUACUGGCUGGCGAUGAGGACCUCCGGCGAGGUAGACGAGAAGCGUAGUUCUGGAUCGUGCGACGACGCGGAGAGCUCCUGGCGCACAAAAUGCUUUGCCUUGUGGGGAACUCUGGCCUCUCUCGAUAGCUCGACGCCGAAAGAGAGAGCGGAACGUCGACCUCACUGGGUCCUCACCGCUGCGCACCGCGAGGCCACCUUCAAGCGACGCUUCAAGUGGCUGCGACAUCCCACCUUCACACCUGACGGAGAGAGGCAAGAUCCAAAUUUCGAGCUAGAUUCCCUCUGGGACGGCUGGGAGAAGACGGUCGAGCUCGCAAGUACAGAAGAGGCAAAGGCUGAGGCGCGUGCUGGGCUUGCAGAGCAGGUGCGCCAGGUCAGGGAAGCAGUGAGAGCGAGGACGCGAGAGAUAGAGAAGGACAAGCGUUGGGCGCUCUGUCGUACCGAAGCGCAAUUGCUCAACACGCGCCUCUUGUCGACCAUCGAGACCAUCGCGGCUCACCUAGGCGUGGAUGAUCAAGCUCAAGGCACGGGAGACAGUGGAAAGAAGGAGGAGGAGAGGAAAGAAAGUUCCCUGGUUCCACACCCUUGGUUUCCUCUGAUUCUGCCCGCUCCUGCGCCCGCGUAGAAGGCACGGCCCGCCUUCAGAAGGAUUUGAUAGAGGUGAGGAGCCACCACAAUGUCGGGGUCACAAGUUGUCGUAUCCGGAACUGUCCACUGUCACUUUAUGUCCUCAUCAAUUUGGUCGCCUGGUCCUCUUUUAGUGCUAGUCAGAGAGGCAUUAACAGGAGAAAACAAAAAGGUGUUAUUCUGCUACCGUGGAUCUGAGAGGGACGACGACGUCGUAAUGCGGCCAGAACGAAACAUUGCAAUGGGGCGCUUGUCCUCU